GGCUCACUCGGCUUAGAGCAAAUCGAGCUUUUUGCCCUUUCCUGUGUCCAUUCAGACCCUGCCCCACCAUCGCUGCUGCCGGACAGACCCCCGGGCGACAGCAAAGGCAGCAUCCCGCCCCGGAGCCUUCCUCUCCCACGGGAGGCAGCUGUGGAAUUCCAAUCCCUUUUUCAUUUCCUCUCGGGAUUUUUGUUGUGUCAUUGAACUGCACUGGGGACAGUAAGGUGUGACAAGCUGCCGUACAUAUGGUUUAGUCUUAUUUUGAUGAGGGGGAUCCAUUAUAAAGCUGAGCUGCUCUCCCAUCUGCUUUCUUACGGUUUUGACUGGUCGGUUUCAGCUUUGUCCUGGGAAAGGUGGGCAGAGACUCUCGGAUCAUGACUAUCCAAGUUUAACACCUACAUGGCUCCGUAGCACAGGACACGUGGCUGCACAGAUGUCACGGCAGCACCCAGCGGCUGGGGACCACCCAGCUGGUCCCGCAGCUGCCACAGCAAGCAGGAACAAAGAUUCCCAUCAGGAAGUGCAGAUGUCUGCUUUGGGAUUCAGGAUGGGUGAAGGCGUCCGGGAGGGAAGUUUGUCUUCAUUCGUGCUGCUCAUUUAAUGAAAUACCUUGUGGCGUGUGCAGCAGGGGAGGGGAGGAAGGAGCAGACAAUGGUGUCUGGGGUCAGGAUGGGUUGGUGGGGAGCUGGCACGGUUGUCCCCCCAUCCUGCUUCUGUUUCUACACCACCUCCCUGGGGUGAAUAACAGCCCUGUCCCCCUCUUCUCACCCUGCAGCAGAGGCCAACAUGACCACGUCCUUCCCGUGCUAGGGCUGCCCCUCACCACCUCAGUGACCCCAGCCCGGCGACGAGGAUGCGCGCCUGGAAGGCGGUGGCCAGCACACUGGCACUCAGCGGGGCCGAUGUGGUGGUCACCACGCUGCUCUACACCCACAGCCAGGGUGGCCGGAAUGUCCUGCAGGACCUGCGGCACUUCAACAUCUUCAACUCGCUGCUGGACAUCUGGGGGGGCUGCCUGUACCGCAGCUGUGUGCUGCUGGGGGCUGCCAUUGGCGUGGCCACCAACACGGCCUACGGCCCCCGGCGCCUCAAGGCAUCGCGGACCUUCAUCGCCGUCAUCUGCCUCCUCAUGGGCAUCUACAUGAUGGUGAAGCUGCUGCUCUACUCAGAGGUGCGGAAGACCAUCAGGGACCCCUGGUUCUGGGGGCUCUUUGCCUGGACCUACGUGGCGCUGGCAGCCACCUUCGGGCUGUGGCAGCUGCUGGCCUGUGUCACCUCCUCCCGCGAGGCGCUGGGGCCUGGCUCUGAGUCCCGUGCUGAGGCGGAGGAGAGCUGUGAUGGGGGCACUCCCAGGGACAAGCGGGAGGAGGCAGCAGGUCCCACCAUCCAUAAGCUGCUGUCCUACACCAAGCCGGAUGCCUUCUUCCUGGGUAUCGCCUCCUUCUUCCUCCUUGUGGCCGCCUUGGGAGAGACCUUCCUGCCCUACUACACGGGGCUGGCCAUCGAUGGCAUCGUGGUGCAGAAGAGCAUGGAUCGCUUCUCCACGGCAGUGCUGGUCAUGUCGCUGCUCGCCAUAGGAAGCUCAUUUGCCGCAGGUAUCCGGGGCGGCGUUUUUACGCUCAUCUUCGCAAGGCUGAACAUCCGCCUUCGCAACUGCCUCUUCAGGUCGCUGGUGUCUCAGGAGAUGAGUUUUUUUGAUGAGAAUCGCACAGGGGACGUCAUCUCCCGCCUGACGUCGGACACGACCAUCGUGAGCGACCUGGUGUCCCAGAACAUCAACAUCUUCCUGCGCAACGUGGUGAAGGCCACGGGCGUGAUCUUCUUCAUGUUCAGCCUCUCCUGGAAGCUCUCACUGGUCACCUUCAUGGGCUUCCCCAUCAUCAUGCUGGUGUCUGAUGUCUAUGGGAAGUACUACCAGAAGCUCUCCAAGGAUGUGCAGAGUGCCCUGGCCAAGGCCAACAACACGGCUGAGGAGACCAUCUCGGCCAUGAAGACCGUCCGCAGCUUCGCCAACGAGGAGACGGAGGCCAACGUGUACUGGCAGAAGCUGCAGCAGGUGUACAAGCUCAACAAGCGGGAGGCCAUGGCUUACACCUACUACGUCUGGUCCAGUGGGCUGACCCUCCUGGUGGUCCAGGUCAGCAUCCUUUACUAUGGCGGGCACCUUGUGAUCUCCGGGCAAAUGACAAGCGGAAACCUGAUAUCCUUCAUCAUUUACGAGUUCGUCUUGGGAGACUGCAUGGAGUCCAUCGGCUCCGUGUACAGUGGCCUCAUGCAGGGAGUGGGAGCUGCUGAGAAGGUCUUCGAGUUCAUCGACCGCAAGCCCACGAUGGUGCACGACGGGUCCCUGGCCCCGGAUCACGUGGAUGGGAAGGUGGAGUUCAGGAAUGUGACGUUUUCCUACCGCACUCGCUCUGCAACGCAGGUUCUCCAGAACGUGUCCUUCACCCUGCAUCCUGGCAAAGUGACAGCGCUGGUGGGUCCUUCAGGGAGUGGGAAGAGCUCCUGUGUCAACAUCCUGGAGAACUUCUACCCUCUGCAGGACGGGCAGGUGCUGCUGGAUGGGCGUCCCAUUAACAUGUACGAUCACAAGUACCUGCACUCCGUGAUCUCCCUGGUGAGCCAAGAGCCCGUGCUGUUUGCCCGCUCUAUUGCAGAUAAUAUUUCUUAUGGCUUAACUUCAGCCUCCUUCGAGUCAGUGGUUCAGGCUGCCCAGAAGGCCAACGCCCACAGCUUCAUCACCGAGCUACAAGACGGCUACCACACAGAGGCAGGUGAAAAAGGAGCUCAGCUGUCAGGUGGCCAGAAGCAGAGAGUGGCGAUUGCCAGGGCCUUGAUCCGAACCCCUCCCAUCCUCAUCCUGGAUGAAGCCACGAGCGCGCUGGAUGCAGAGAGCGAGCACGCGAUUCAGCAGGCGAUUUACGGCGACUUGCAGAACCACACGGUGCUUGUCAUAGCUCACAGGCUGAGCACUGUGGAGAGGGCACACAACAUCAUUGUGCUGGACAAGGGCCGCGUGGUGCAGCAGGGCUCGCACAAGGAGCUGAUGGAAGAAGGAGGCCUUUAUUCCAAGCUGGUGCAGAGACAGAUCCUGGGGCUGGAGGGGGGCGGCACGGACAGUGUCCAGCCUGCGAAGGCGCCCGGCGGGCUGGAGGAGGAGUUCAGGAUAGACCAUUCCCUGCCGGCCGCGGCACAGGACGAUUACAACAACGCGGCUCCCAAGUGAGGGCGGCUGCGGCCGGCGCUCGGACGCUCCCUGGGACGCUGGGCCGGAGGUGGCAGAACGGCACCGCUGGCUCGCCCCGUCACACACCCGUGCACACCCAAACACACACCAUAGAGCUUCCUGCAGGACGGGCUGGCGGGCACCUGCCAGCUGGCAAAACAGGGAUUUACCCGAGGGAGCUGGGUCUUUAGCAAUUCUCAGCAUUUCUACUGGGUUUCUUUUCUUACUACCAGUAAUUCCUCUCGACUGGGACUUUUCUCCCAUCGAUCUGCAUGUGUAACUGCUAUUAACUGUAAUGGAUGUUAAAUGCAUGCGUGGAGGGGAAGGUUGAAAACCCCUCCAGGAAUUUCAGGGGGUGGCUUUUGUGGCUGGAUAGAAAAAUGGUGAAACAAGGUCCUGCUCCCUCUGUCAAUCUAUGGGGCUAAUCCAAAGUUGGCUGAAGCCUGUAGGGAGUUCCCUUUGGCUUUGGCAAAAACUGGAUCACUCCCAUGGAGCUGAAUGCCGGGAGAGUUUUGCACUGAGUGCCUGCAGGCUCAGGCUCCCAACCAUUGCUGCUGAGCUUGUAUCAUGUAGUAUCCAUCCUUGCUGGGACAAGCCAGGGGACCAGGAGGCAGAUGUUACUUUCUGAUUUUCUCUUGGUGCUUGGUGGGUGUUUGUUUUUAAGGAUGAAAUGUUUUACCAUAAUUGGGUUAGAAUUUGGGGCUUGGGGUUGUCUUUUUUUUGAUUGGUUUGUAGUUUUUUAACGUUACUUGUGUGCACUGUGCAAUGUCUGUCUGGCUCCAGCAUCCACUGAGAAUUGGUCUGUUACUUCAGAAUUUUUUUUAACUCACAACCCCGGUGCUGGUGUGAAAAAAACACUACUAAAGACAGGCAUAAAACACUAAAAGACAGCACUUUAUAAAUCCCACCAAAGCUUUGUUCAGCUUCAGGCCACGCUAGUGACUUCACUGCAUGGGAAAUCCGUACAGUCACAUUCCUUGAAGUCCAACUUCAGCUGCCUGAACUUUAUAAUGUGUUUCUUUGAAUAUAAUUUAUUUUAGUAUGAGGGAUAGAAAGAAAUGUGUUGCUCCUAGCCCUUUGGGGUAAUGGCUCUGGCUUAGUAGCAUUAUCCUGCUAUAGAUUGGCAAAAAAUCCUAUGCAGCCAGGCAGGUGCUGUUUUAAAAAUAGCAUUUCUAGGGGAACACUGACUUCAGACUCUGCAUAGUUAAGAAAUUCUCUCAAGCACUUUAGCUCUCAUGUUUUCUGAUACUUGAAUGCUGCUGCAUUUUCCUUUUCAGCAGGUUUGCAUUUUUGUUAUUGGCAAUGUUUUGUUUUCAUUUAGUGAUGUUUUACAAACUCUAAAUUUAGUGUCCUUGAGGAGGGAUGCUCAAAAAAAUAAAAUACUACCUCUGCCACUCAA